AUGGCAGGUAGGUUGGUGGUGGCGCUGAUGACCCAAUCGUGCACAUUAGCAACUCCACCAUCCGCCGUAGCCGCAAUUUCCCUCAAACUCUCCCGCGCCGCUAUCCUUCGCCCUCCACCUUCAUACGCACCACCAUCACUUUCCACUCGAACAAUCACAAUGAACAUCAACAGUCAAGAACAACAGCAUGACAAUCUCGACGGCAUAUUCAAGCAGAAACGGAUCCUACGGUCCAAAGUCCGCAAAGCCCUCAAGGCCAUGGACCCCACACUCAGAUCCCAUGAAGAUAAUGCAAUCCAGAGCAUUGUGUUGGAAGCUCCGUGGUUUAGAUCUAGUCAAAGAUUAUGUGCAUAUAUAUGCUGCAGUGCUUUGAGGGAAGUUGAUACCUCCAACGUGUUGUCUGCAAUUCUUCAAAGUCCACUCAAAGAGGGUGAUGUGCAGGUGAGGAAAAAGCUUUAUGUUCCGCGUGUGGAGGACAAGAAUUGUCACAUGAGAAUGCUCAACAUCUCAUGUAUUGAUGAUCUUGUUGCGAAUUCAAUGAACAUUUUAGAACCAGCUCCAAUCGAUGCUGAUGGAAAUGUACGGGAAGAUGUUUUACAGGCAAGCGACCCAGUUGAUUUGUUCCUCUUACCAGGACUAGCAUUUGACAGAUCUGGGAGACGCUUGGGUCGUGGUGGAGGUUAUUAUGAUACCUUCCUGAAGAACUACCAAGAGCUUGCAAAAACACACAAUUGGAAGCAACCACUCCUUGUUGCACUGUCCUAUUCUGUACAAAUAUUGGAUGAAGGUGUACCGGUCACUCCACAUGACAUUCUGGUGGAUGCGCUUGUGUCCCCGGCGGGUGUUAUUCCCAUCAGCCCAGCAGCUUUAGACAGGAUGAGGCCUUGA